AUGGCCCCGACAACUCCGUCACCAACCCUGAAUGGCGUCGUCAUCGGACUGCUGUCCUCCUUUGGCUCGGCCGUCCUUAUCGCUGUCAUCUUUCUCGUCAUAUACUUCUUCAGAUACACCGCCAGCGGCCGCAUCUUCCUCGAUCGCAUCGGACGUCCCGGCGAGUAUGACGAUGAGCAGGCCUUUGCAAGAGAGGAGGCCGAAGCACUCGAGUCUAUGGAUGACAUGCAACGGACUGAAUACUUGAGAGCAAAGGGUAGGCUACCGUCGUCUCCCGCAGACCUAUGGGAGACCACCCGACUAACUGAUCGUAUAGCAUUCAUUAACGCCAACCCGCCCGAGUCCGUACAGACCGACAUAUCCUUGUCACAAUACCUCGCCAUCCAAGAAAAGGGCGUCUCUGCCUGGGAGUUUGAGCCGGAGCUGGAAAUCGCCAACUGCUUCGUCGAAGCCCGCACCGAAAUUGAGUUCUUCGACUCGGAAUGUACUGUCAUGAGCAACCUGCCUGUGCCCAAACAAAACGAGGUUUACUACUGGGAGGCAAAGAUCUACGACAAGCCAGAAAACACAUUGAUCAGUAUCGGCAUGGCUACCAAGCCGUAUCCCUUGUUCAGACUACCAGGCUUUCAUAAACACUCUGCUGCAUAUCUCUCGACCGGCCAGCGCCGCUGCAACCAGCCCUUUACUGGCACGCCUUACGCCCCCCAGUACGUCCAGGGCGACGUCAUUGGCGUCGGCUACCGCCCCCGAACAGGCACCAUUUUCUUCACUCGCAACGGUAAGAAGCUGGAGGAUGUCGUUCACGGUGUCAAGUCACAAAACUUCUUCCCUGCCGUCGGUGCCAACGGUCCAUGCAUCAUUCACGUCAAUUUCGGCCAGGCCGGGUUCGUCUUCAUCGAGGCCAAUGUUAAGAAGUGGGGACUCGCUCCUAUGACUGGCAGCCUCGCCCCUCCGCCGCCGUACGGCUCCGAGCAGGGCGACAUCUUGCUAGAGGCCGGACGCAAAGACGGAUACACAGGCAGUACGACGCAGCAGCGGGGACACUCGCAGUCGCAAUCGUACUCGCAAGCUGGGUUGGGACCUCAGCACGGACGCACAAGAAGCGGAAACUUCAGAGUACUACCACCGAGGAGCCCCGGUCCCGUGAGAAGCCCGACUGACAUCUCCUUGACGCACUUCGCGUCCAGCGAUGAGGGCGGCGAGCCGAGCGGCAGCAACGCCGGACGCGAAGGCGAAAGCGUUGUAGGCCUUGGGCUUCAAGACGCACUGAAUCCUCCCCCAGAGUACACGAGCCCCGAUGCCUCGGAGGCCGGAAGCCGUCGAAAUAGUACGGAUAGCGAGGAUACGCCUCUCAUUCGGGUGCUCAACCGGAGCCGAGGCGCAUCGGCGGCGGCGGCGGGUCCUUCACAUCCUCCUAUACCUAGUUACACCGAUGCGGUGCGAGCCGGUGCAGGACGGGAGGGAAACAGUACUCCUCGGUCCAACCGACAAGGCAACCGUUCGAGGUCGCAGAGUGCGCAAUGA